AUGCCUGCUUCUAAACCGGAUACAACGCAAGCUACUACACCUGGACCAACAUCAGCUACAACACCUGGAACAACACCAGAUACAACACCGGGAAAAACAUUCGGUUCAACACCUCAAACACCACCUCAAACAACACCGGGAACUUCAUCGGCUACAGCACCGGGUACAUCGCCAGCGUCCACACCUGGAACAACAUUAGCUUCAGCACCUGAAACAACAUCAGAUACAACAGGGGGAACAACAUUCGGUUCAACACCUCAAACACCUCCUCAAACAACAUCGGGAACUUCAACAGCUACAGCACCGGGUACAUCGCCAGCUUCUAAACCUGGAACAACAUCAGCUACAACACCUGGAACAUCACCAGGUACAAAACCGGGAACAACAUUCGGUACGACACCUCAAACAACACCUGGAACAACAUCAGCUACAACACUUGGAACAACAUCAGAUACAAAUCUGGGAACAACAUUCGGUUCAACACCUCAAAGACCACCUCAAACAACACCAGGAACUUCAACAGCUACAUCACCGGGUACAACGCCAGCUUCUACACCAGGAACAACAUCAGCUACAACACCUGGAACAACACCAGGUACAAAUCUGGGAACAACAUACGGUUCAACACCUCAAAGACCACCUCAAACAACACCAGGAACUUCAAAAGCUACAGCACCGGGUACAACGCCAGCUUCUACACCUGAAACAACAUCAGCUACAACACCUGGAACAACACCAGGUACAAAACCGGGAACAACAUUCGGUACAACACAUCAAACAACGCCGGGAACUUCAACAGCUAUAACACAGGGUACAACGCCCGCUUCUACACCUGGAACAACAUCAGCUACAACUCCUGGAACCACACCAGGUACAAAACCGGUAACAACAUUCGGUACAACACCUCAAACAACACCGGGAACUUCAACAGCUACAACACCAGAUACAACACCGGGAACAACAUUCGGUACAACAUCUCAAACACCACCUCAAACAACACCGGGAACUUCAACAGCUACAACACCGGGUACAACAUUUGGUACAACAUCUCAAACACCACCUCAAACAAGACCUGGAACAACACCAGGUACAAAACCGGGAACAACAUUCGGUACAACACAUCAAACAACACCGGGAACUUCAACAGCUACAACACCGGGUACAACGCCAGCUUCUACACCUGGAACAACAUCAGCUACAACUCCUAGAACCACCCCAGGUACAACACCUGGAACAACAUCAGCUACAACUCCUGGAACAACAUCAAGUACAAAACAGGGAACAACAUUCGGUACAACAUCUCAAACACCACCGGGAACAACCCCAGGUACAGCACCGGAAACAACUCCAGCCUCAUUUGCCUGUUCAAUCUCCAACAUGAACGUGUCACCGACUGCCCUCUGCGAUGGAAUUUACCAAUGCAAUCAUUUCGAGGAUGAAUUAGCAUGCAGAGAGGCUGCCAGAUUAGCUGUCGAUACAAUAUGA